CAAUACAACUGUCAAUGUCAAAUAAAGUGAACAGGCGACAGACGUGAAUUUCUGUGUUUUAUUUUCAAUUUCAUAAAUUCAGUGAGUGUUUCUAGUAAACUGUGCUAAAUACCUCCAUUCUUUAGUGAAAAACAUACUAACACGCAAAAGAUUCUUUAUUCACCGUGUAAGUCUCGACAACCUCAACCACGGCUUCCGACAAAAUAAACACCAAAGAACAGCCAAAUUACAACACAAUGUAUCAGAAUCAGGGAGGUUACCCGCAAGGCGGGUACCCGCAAGCCGGCUACCCUCAGGGCGGGUACCCGCCGCCGGGAGCGUACCCGCCUGGGGCGUACCCGCAGGGAGGGGCAGGGUACCCGCCUGGAGGGUACCCGCCGCAGCCGGGGUUCCAGCCAGGGUUCCAGCCGGGGUAUGGAGGCGCGGGAGGGUAUGGGGAGCCGACAGGAUACGGGCCGCCGGGCGCGUCCGGGAUGCCCGAGGACGGCGAGGUCAAGAACUUCGACUUCACCGACCAGUCCAUACGCAGGGCCUUCAUACGUAAGGUGUACUCCAUCCUGAUGGUGCAGCUCCUCAUAACGAUGGGCUUCAUAGCUCUGUUCCUCUACCACACGCCCACCAAGCUGUGGGUGGCGCGCAACCCCUUCAUGUUCUGGAUAGCGUUCAUAGCGACCUUUGUCUGUCUGAUCUCGAUGGCGUGCUGCUCCAACGUGCGGCGCCAGUCGCCCACCAACUUCAUCUUCCUCGGCAUCUUCACCGUCUGCCAGAGCUUCCUGCUCGGCAUCAGCGCCAGCAUGUACAGCGCUAGUGAGGUGAUGCUAGCGGUGGGCAUUACAGCAGCUGUGUGCUUCGCGCUCACGAUAUUCGCGCUGCAGACCAAGUACGACUUCACCGUCAUGGGAGGGUUCCUGCUGUGUGCCGUCGUUGUACUGAUGUUGUUCGGUAUAAUCUGCAUCUUCAUCCCUAGCAACCGCAUCGUGACCCUCGUCUACGCAUCUCUCGGCGCUCUCAUAUUCUCUCUCUACCUGGUCUAUGACACACAACUCAUGAUGGGAGGCAAGCACAAGUACAGCAUCUCACCCGAGGAGUAUAUCUUUGCAGCUCUCAACCUGUACUUGGACAUUAUUAACAUCUUCCUGUACAUUCUGACGAUUAUUGGAGCGUCGAGGGAUUAGGUUGGGGUUGAGUAGGCCGCGGGACGAUUUGGUUAGGUUUGCUUUGGUUGGAUGUGUCGGUGUUAGCCCCAGUUUCGCCAUAGACUGUUAAAACAUUUAACACUCCUGUUAGAUUUUAAUGUCAUCUCCAUAUUAAAUUCUUGACAGAUGUGUCAAAAUUCAACAAGUAAUCCCUUGUUUUGAUCUAACAGAGUAUGGUGAAACUAGGGCUUUUAUUGGGUAGAUAAGUUUUGUAUGCAUUUCUCGGUGUUUUUGUUCAAAAUUAUUGUAUUUGGAUGAUUAAAGCAUGUGAGGUCCACAAAAGCUAAUCUAUAAAGUGAACACCAAUAGAUGUGUAAUAAAUUUAUAAGUAAAAUGAGUGUGUAAUAUUCAUGUCAGUCUUGUAUUAUUUUACUUGUUUAGUCAUACUA